AUGCUUAACAGAACCAUUGCUAAAAGAACUUUAGCUACGGCAGCUCAGGCAGAACGGACCCUACCCAAGAAAUACGGUGGUCGUUUUACCGUCACUUUGAUACCAGGUGAUGGUGUCGGAAAGGAAAUCACCGACUCAGUGAGAACUAUCUUCGAGGCUGAAAGGAUCCCGGUCGAUUGGGAGACCAUAAAUAUCAAACAGACCGAUCACAAAGAGGGCGUCUAUGAAGCCGUCGAAUCUUUGAAAAGGAACAAGAUUGGCCUGAAGGGGUUAUGGCACACUCCUGCUGACCAAACAGGCCAUGGUUCGCUAAACGUUGCUUUGCGUAAACAGCUAGACAUCUAUGCCAAUGUAGCCCUAUUCAAAUCCUUAAAGGGUGUCAAGACCAGAAUUCCGGACAUAGAUCUGAUCGUCAUUAGAGAGAACACAGAAGGUGAGUUCUCAGGUCUAGAACACGAAUCCGUCCCAGGUGUAGUGGAAUCCUUGAAGGUUAUGACCAAGCCCAAGACGGAAAGGAUCGCCAGAUUCGCCUUUGAUUUUGCCAAAAAAUACAACAGAAAAGCUGUUACCGCUGUGCAUAAGGCAAAUAUCAUGAAAUUAGGAGACGGCCUUUUCAGAAAUAUAAUCACUGAAAUCGGUCAGACAGAGUAUCCUGACAUUGAUGUCUCGUCCAUCAUCGUCGACAAUGCCUCCAUGCAGGCAGUGGCCAAACCCCACCAAUUCGAUGUGUUGGUUACCCCUUCAAUGUACGGUACUAUCUUAGGUAACAUCGGUGCUGCUUUGAUCGGUGGCCCAGGCCUGGUGGCAGGUGCCAAUUUCGGUAGGGACUACGCCGUUUUCGAACCAGGUUCCAGACACGUCGGUUUGGACAUCAAGGGUCAAAACGUGGCCAACCCCACUGCUAUGAUUCUCUCUUCGGUGUUAAUGUUAAAUCAUCUGGGUUUGAAUGAGAAUGCCACCAGGAUCUCAAAGGCUGUUCACGAAACCAUUGCAGAAGGUAAACAUACCACUAGAGAUAUAGGUGGCUCUUCCUCCACUACCGAUUUCACCAACGAAGUCAUUAACAAAUUAUCUACCAUGCAAUGA